AGCAAUGGCUAGUCCAGUUGAUUACGACUUUGUAGACCAAGUACUGGAAGAUCAUCACUGCACUAUUUGCUCUAACAUUCUAACAGACCCAGUACUAACUGGAUGCUGCGGAAAACUUUUUUGUGAUGGCUGUCUACAGAAGCAGAAGACAUGCCCACAUUGUAAAGAGGACGAUUUCAAGAAUAUGGUAGAUUUAAGAGUGAAACGACUCGCCAUCGAUGGCUUCAAAAUCUACUGUCCUAAUCGCUCCAAAGGGUGUGACAAUAUCACUACAACAAAUCAACAUCUCGAGAAAUGCUUGUUUGCGGAGGUAUCAUGCACUAAGAAAUGUGGAGAAAGAAUGCUACGAAAAGAGCUUCAAGAUCACGAGGACAACAAGUGCCCAAACCGUCUGGUACAAUGUCAGUAUUGCAGCACAGAGGGGAUGCACAAAGAAAUAACACAUUUAGACAAAUGUCUGCUUUUUCCUAUUUCUUGCCCCAAUAAUUGUGGGCAUGAGAACAUGCAGUGGCAGAAUUUAGCAGGUCAUCAGAAGGUGUGUCCUCUUGAGCCAGUAAAGUGUCCGUUCUUUGAAGCUGGGUGUACGGAAAUGAUUGUACGAAAAGAUUUGGCAGAACAUAAAGCAUCAAACACAGAGCACCACCUGGAGUUAGUGAUGACAGAGACUGUUACACUUAAGCAGAAGGCUAAUAAAUUUGAACAAGAGGCAACGGCUGAAAUAGAAGCAGUGGAACAAAAGGUUAAUCAGCUACAGCAACUCUCACUCAAGUUUGAUGGCCUAGCAUUUUGUGUAACUAAGCAACUAGGCACCAUUGAUUCUAACCCUCAAACACAAGCAGCUAUCAAGAACAUCAAACGUUUUCUUAGACUAGGUCUAGCGACAAUGACCACAAUGCUAGCACCAGGUGACACACGAUACUACCUACCACUAGUUCAAGAGUCAGAGUAUAAUGCUCGAUCAGCUUCGUUCUACAUCAAGCCUGGCUACAAAAUGCAUGUGGUCUUCGGUCGACACGAUCAUUGUGCGGUAUUAUUGGAAGAAGGAGAACACGAUCACCAACUAAAGUGGCCCAUGUCUGAAAUAGAGAUUAAAGUCAGUACCAAGGAGAAUAUUAUCCUGUGCAGUGAAAUCAUCUGCACCAGAUGCGGCCACACAGUGAACCGACUAACUGUGGGAGAGAAGUUGGGUAUCACUUUACACCAUGGUAGAGGAAAGGCUCUGAGAAACUUCGUGUUCCUCACAGUCAAAAAGCACUUUUGUAAGACUAGAACAUGAGUGACGAGAGACUUGCAGCACACUAAUAUCUAUACGCUAUAACAUUGUAUUAUAUAAUACAUAAUUUAACACAUUAUUUAUACCACACCCCCUGCAUAGCUGAAUAUUUAAUUAUGAUUACCAGAACUUUGAAGUGUAUAAAAUAAUAU